GCAGCGGUUGCAGCAGCAGCAGCCUCGGUGCCGCGCAGCGCCCAUCGACGUGGCUUCGCGGCGGCCCAAGCGGAUGAUGCGGCUGCCGAGACCCGGCAGGGAAGCACCAGCAGCAGCUCGGAGCGGAGGCGGUGCCACGGCCGGGCGCUGGAAGGCGACAGCAGCGACUGCAGCGGCGGGGGCGACGGCGGCGGCGGCCACCCUUCCCAGGAGUGCCGGUCCCCUGUGGUUAAGAAGCAGAGGCGCGUCGCCGAGGAGGGCCCCAUCGCAGUAGAGCUCCCCAGGCCCUGGAGGCUAUGGAAGACCACACCGGUGGGCCAAGUCUGUAGGAUGGUAGCACAUAGCAGCGUGACUCCUGAGAAUGGGAUCGCGACAGGCCUGAGGUGUCGACUUGAGCCCUCGCUGCGGGAAGCCCUGCAAGCCCGAGUCCCUCGCGCUCUCGGCUGUGCCAGCCCCGUGCCAGCGCCCCGUGACACCCACUUCCACACCUUUCGCUCGCAGGCGGACUUCAGCACCAUCAUUCGCACCAGCGCCUUGCUGGAUGAGUGCGGCUUUUACUGGGGGCCGUUGUCGGUCAACGCGGCCCAUGAGAAGCUCAAAGGCGAGCCCGUGGGGACCUUCCUCAUCCGGGACAGCCGGCAGAAGAACUGCUUCUUCACCGUCAGCGUCAAGACUGCCGCGGGACCCACGAGCAUCCGCGUGGUCUUCCAGGCCGGCCGCUUCAGCUUGGACGGCAGCAAAGAGGUGUUUGACUGCCUCUUCCAGCUGCUGGAGCAUUAUGUCAGCUCCCCGCGGAAAGUCUUGGCCGCCCCGCUGCGCAAGGAGCGCAUGCGGUCCUUGCAGGAGCUCUGCCGGAAAAACAUCGUGGCGACGUACGGCAGAGAGAACUUAAGGGGCAUCCCCCUCAACCCGGUCUUAAAGGAUUACUUGGAAUCGUUCCCUUUCAAGUUGUAAGGGGCUUGCAUUAAAUCGGCUGGUGCGGCUGGGAGAAGGCGGCGACGGGAGAGGAAGUCGAGCCCCCGGAGGUCGCUCUUGUCUGUUGCCGCUUUUAAAACAAGCGCACAGCUAUGACCUUGAGGUCAGCGAUCCGCUGGCUCGCAGGGAGCCCUGUUCAGGGUGACGAGUCGGCUGUGGCGGAAAGCUUGGAGUUGCGCGGAGACUCCUUUGGCGCAGUGACUGUUGGGAUGUGCAGACUGCAGCAGUGCAGGCGGACGUCGGGAUUUUUGGAAACGUGUCCGUCGUGAACAUACCUAUUUUUGUAGCAGUUCUACUGUAUGUGGUGGAGGAGGAGGAGGGGUGGAACUUGGAACACUUGACUUCUAAUGUUUACAUAACUCAUAACUGAAAAACUGUUUGCACAAAGCAAGGCUACGGGAAAGUCUUGAGAAUAAUGUUUUCUGCUGGGCAGAACGUGCUGUUAUUUUAUAUCUAUUUUUUUAAACGGGGUAAUAAACCUUAUUCUAAAAGUUUUU